AUGAUGCUGGUUGCUUUUACUAGUCAGCACCACCGUGAUUGGGACCUUCGCCUGACUGAGCUGGCGUUCGCUACACGGACAACGGUCAACAGAUCUACAGGGUUCACCCCGGCGUUCCUGAACUUGGGGCGAGAGGCUCCUUCUCCAGUAGAGAAUGUCCUGGGCCUCUGGGAUGGCAGUACCCAGCCUCCUUAUUCAAGGUACCCUGAGGACCUCCAGAGCCGACUGGACGUCGCAGCUCGGAUGGCUCGGGAGAACUUGGACGUCGCAAGGAUGGACCAGGCUCGCCAGUCCAACCGUGGACGACGGAAUCUCACCUACAGCGUCGGUGACCUUGUCCUUCGACGGACUCACCCGCUUAGUGAUGCGUCACGCGGCUUUGCAGCUUCGCUCGCAGAUAGGUGGGAUGGCACCUUCGAGGUAAGUGCGUGCUCCUCCUGCCUGACUUACAGACUUCGUCGCUGCGACACUGGCGAGGAAGCUGGGCCAGUACACAUCUCGGAUCUGAAAACUUACCACCUCCGCGACCCCGAGGGCGGAGAAGCACCUCUUCAGCCUCCACCUCAAGACCUGGACGACGAUCCCGCUCCCGGACCCUCCAGUCGCUACAGUUUCCGUUCCCGCAGGCGACGCACGUAG